CCUCUCGCAAGAAACCACACAAGCCGACGCCUUUGCUGGUCAAGGGUUUUCACACUUUCAUUCAUCACUCCAACUUCCCGUUCCGCUGUCAACUGCGCUGGCACGGUCCUCAUUCCCACCUAUCCCUAGGAAAGGUAGGUAGCCACUUUCCCACGCCGCAACCCACUUACCUCGAUCUCUGGUUUUGCAAAGAUGGCCUCCAGGGACAACGGCGGUAGCAGUGGCAGGGAUAGCAGGGAUACAAGAAAUGGUCCUAGGGGGUCGAAUUCCAGGGAUACGGAGGCGCCUAGGGCCACCAGAGUUUCCAGAAGCAACCCGGCUCCAUCCACGUCCUCUACUCUUCCUCUUCGCCCCAUUGUGCGCACAGUCGACCGAGGUCCCGACGACGGACCGCGGCCGUCUCGUCCCCAGGAGAGACCGGCGCCUCGUCCCCAGGGGAAUGCCCAGAUAAUCACGGUCGAACCUCGCGACGACAGAUACAACGAUGAUCGGCACACCCGGACAAGGCCCCAGGAGGGGGGUCCCGCCGACGACGUACCCCCGCGGCCGACAGAGAAGCCGAUGACCAUUCGGAUCAACGGUAAGAGGGUCAAGAAUCCGGAGCCGGCCACGUUGGGAGCCGUCCACCGCAUAGUCCGCCUUGCAUUGGAUAUGCUGGAUGACAAGCGUUCGUUUGACGCGCUCAUCUAUCUCGGAGCCAGCUCUGUCCACGGUUGGGGCUUGCGGAAGGACCCGAAAGAGAUCAUCUACCCAACCAGGUCAUGCAAUGACGAGAAUUACCGGCACAAGAAGCCAAGCGACAGCGAGAUGAAGGGGUGGCUACGCGCUUACACCCAAAAGAUCCGCCGUUGUUUUCUCCCCCUAGAUAUAGGCGGACUCGACGAAGGUACGGAUGCCCUGUUUGGCAUGGCUGACUGGGUACAAAACGCCAGAGAAAGGUGCUUCGAUGCGGGCGAGGAGCCGAACAACGUGAACAUCAUGCACCAUUGGCAUCCCCUGGACGCGGGAGCCAUUCGUAUCAACGUAGAUUCAAUCACGGUCUUAUCCCAAAUAAGGUCGUGGUACCUAGAGGCGAAGAACUCUGGGAACAAAGAAAAUGCAGCGCGCUUCGGUAGAGAUUACCACACUUUACUAGUCAACGACGCCUUGACAGUGGCCCACGAACUCGUCCACGUUUUUAUUGCCUUCUUAGCCGGAGACAGAACGGUCGGGACCCCUCGGAAUCUCGUGCCGAAGGCCCAUGCAGAUAAAGGCAUCGGAGAGUCGGGGAGGAUGUGGGAGGACCUGGUUGUAGGGGGCUGUGUGCACCUCGCCCUGCCUGAGCAAAACGGCAAUCCCGUACGGAUCACGCUCGAAAAGGACGACAAGGAAAUCGAGGUCGACCCCGAGGACAUCAAAAACAUGGCCAAGGGCAAAUUCAGGUUCCCAGUCAAGACCGUCGGAAAAUGGGUGCUUGUCGAUUAAUAGCGGACGGAGUGGGAGGUUUAUUCUUGGAGACCAUGUUGCCCACCGGUAUCUCAGGGAGUGGCAGGGGACGGAAGCGAUGGAAGCCAUCAUGAGACUAGGUACCUACCCAGACACAUUAUGGCAACCAAUAUAAAUCCUAUUUCCCCCUCCAGUGUCUCCAAACGAACAACCCUCUCCAAACAACCACCGCUCAAACGGUCGGCGUAGUCUCCGGAUCAAUCCUCACCCCAAACUGCCUCGUCGCCGCACUAUAACUCUGAUCCACCGCCUCACUCGCAUAAACCCUCAUCUCCCUCUCAUACUCCGCCGUCACCCCAGCCCAAUC